UAUGCGUAAACAUCGGAUGGGUAUCUUCGUCAUUUCAUCUCAUCCUCCGAGCUUCGUUUAAAGACCACGCGUAAGGCCACUCCAGAUUGUUCCGGAAUCGUAUCGACAGCCAAAACGCAGAGCAACAUCAGCAGCAGCCAUGGUUGGCUCCCAAAGGGAUCCUAGAGAAGAAGUCAUCCAAGCAUGGUACAUGGAUGAUAGUGAUGAAGACCAGAGGCUCCCCCAUCACAAGGAGCCCAAGGAAUUUGUAUCCCUGGACCAACUCGCCGAGCUUGGAGUGCUCAGCUGGCGUCUAGAUGCUGAUAACUAUGAAACAGAUGAGGAGUUGAAGAAGAUUCGUGAAGAACGUGGUUACUCCUACAUGGACUUCUGUGAGGUUUGCCCUGAAAAGCUUCCUAAUUAUGAGGAGAAGAUAAAAAAUUUCUUUGAGGAACAUCUUCACACUGAUGAGGAAAUUCGAUAUGCUGUGGAUGGAAGUGGUUAUUUUGAUGUUAGGGACCGCGAUGAACGUUGGAUUCGCGUAUGGCUGAAAAAGGGGGGAAUGAUUAUUUUGCCUGCUGGAAUUUAUCACCGAUUCACUUUGGACACAAACAACUACAUAAAGGCAAUGCGUCUAUUUAUUGGCGAUCCAGUUUGGACCCCCUUUAACCGUCCUCAUGAUCAUCUUCCUGCAAGGGAGGAGUAUCUUAAAGCUUUUGUGCACAAGGAAACUGGUGACCAUGCAGUUAACGCUGCGGCAUAGAAUAUGGCGUUUGUUUCUAAAUGUGGGGUUUACAAAUAACAAAAUACGGUAUUGGCUAUGAAAAAGUUACGUAUGGUUGUAUUGUCUGGGAUGUAUAACUUGUGGCCUUGCGAUGCUUGUUAAGUUGUGUUGUAGUAGUGCUGGCCUUUCCAUAAACUCGAAUAAAUUCCGAGUAUCUUACCAGAUGUUCUUUAUGUAUGGUACAUAACUCUCUAAACAUUUAAUAACUAUAUAGUUCUAUUGUGU